GAACGAUUCCUGACCGUCGCUCGUUCGAAUCUAUUGCGAAUAUGGGAAAGCCCAAGAAGCCCGAAACGAUCGAUGAUCUCUACGGAGUCAUUACGAGAUGGCACCUUCCGGUGUUCUUAUUUGCUGUAAUCCGGGGAAUCCCAACGACAAUUAAUGUGAUGGCGAUGGUGUUUGUAGCCCCUCAUCAAAAUUAUACGUGCAAGACUCCUCCUGGAUGGGUUGCCGUCGAAGGUCAGUGCUCAGUCACUCCUCUGAAUGGGUCUGAUCCGAAGGAGAUCGUUCCCUGCAUGGAGUGGAACUACGAUCAUUCAGUCUACGCAGGAACGACUAUCGUCGAAGAGUGGGACCUGGUUUGCGAUAGGCGAUGGCUCAUCUCCACGUCCCAAAGUGUUUUCCUUUUUGGCGUCAUGGUCGGUACCAUCCUAUUUUCACAUAUCGCCGAUUGGUUCGGUCGGAAACGGUCGUGUCUUAUAUCUCUCAUUUGGUCAAGUGUGACAGGAGUUCUGAUGGCAUUCGCUCCCUCGAUCGUUUGGUACAAUUUCUUUCGCUUCCUCACGGCGGUCGGAAGCAGCGGCUACUCGGAUUCCGCUCACGUGCUCAUCUUGGAAUCAGUGGCUCCGAACAUGCGCUACUUCUUGACGCUGACCGUGGGCAUAGGUUGGUCUAUCGGAAUGCUCUGCGUGCCCCUCCAAGCGUACCUGCUACCAGACUGGAACCUGAUGCACCUUGUCACCCCUGUGCCAAUCUUCUUUUUGUUCAUGCUUUGGUUCUGCCUCGACGAGUCUGCACGAUGGCUAAUGGGCGCUGGUCGCUAUGCCGAAGCUCGAGAGGUACUUGUUCGCCUGGCGAAAUUCCGAGGGGACGUCCCAGAGAGUCGGAUCGAUGAAAUGAUUGAAGUCAUCAAAAAGAAGGAUUCCGAGUGUGAGCUCAUGACAAAACCAACCAUGGCCGAUCUCUUCUCCAAACGAUACCGGAAAUCUUCCAUGAUAUUUUGUCUACUGAUGAUGACAAGUUACACGCUCUGGUAUCACGUGACCGUUUCAACCGCUGGAGUCGGGGCUAACCCCUACAUAAGUUUUGCCGCCGCUGCGUUCUUCGAGCUACCGGGGAAAGCGGUCAAUGUCCUUUUCAUACGAUUCGUCCGACGCAGGAAAGCAACAAUAUUUGCUCUUGUAGUCGCCGCUGCGGCCUCUUUCCUUUGGAAGCGAACUCCGAAACGCAACUCUUCCGCAGAUCUUGCGUGGCUGAAACUGGCUUGUCUGAUCACCUGCAAGAUGUGUACAGGCGCUCAAGGCGCUGUGCAAAGAGUUCAAAUUAGCGAAAUCUACCCGAGUAUCGUGAGAGCCAUGAGCACUGGUUUCUUCGUCACAUUCGGGAGCUUCGCAGGUGCUUUCGCACCGUUCUUCGAUGACCUCGCUUAUCUAACGUACCCGUGGGUUCCAAUGGCGUUUAUCGCGGUUAUGUGUAUUGUGAGCUGCUUUGCGCAACUCGGAUUGCGCGAAACCUUUGAGGUUGUUCUCACCGACGGCAUGCAUAAGGAGGUCCAGAAGAAGGCACCAAUAAUUAAACAGGGCGAAAUCAACCAGACGUUCAAGCAAGGAGUCUGAAUAGGGGACGUCCCCUCGCGCGGACGCACUUGAAGGAUACAAGGGCGCUUUUCUGGAAUCGGAUCCAGAUAAUAUCCUCCUGAAUUUGUCAGAUCGGAGUGGCUGUGAUCGGGAGUGCCAAUCGUCAUCCAGCAGUGAACGACAGCAGAGGCGCCUCCUUAAGUCUGCGCGAAGUUCUCCCACCACAGAAACUUCGUUCUAAUUUGUAUACAAAUAUGUACUUAGUCUUGCCAGUCGAUCGUUCGAAGUCGGUCGGCCAUGUGUGUGAUAAAUGAUAAACGCAGGAUAUGCGUUAGGGAAGGUCUCCGAGCAGCUGGUAAUAAAGACAGCCAGUGUCACGAAUGCCGCGAUCGGUU